UAGUGACAAAAUGACAAAAAAAUAAUCUUUGAAAUAUGUGGAAUGAAAUAGGCCUGCUUUGAAUUGAUUAUAUUUAUUGCAUUACAUUAAUAAAUAUCAUCAUUGGAAAAAAACUUAAUAAAACACAGCAUUACCUAAAAGAAGAAAAAUGGCGGCUAAAAGGUCCGCUUCGGUUGCUUUCGACACCGAAGAACCGACUCACACAGUAAGGGAUGGAAAAAAACACUCAUUAGAUUCUGAUGAAGAAGACAGCGGAGCAGAAGAAGAAAGGAAAAAUGUGCUUAAUGCUGAUGAUAUCGAAGGAGAAGAGGAAGGAGUUGCAGGAUUGGAAGGUGAAAUCACAAUAACCCCUUUCAACAUGAAAGAAGAACUUGAAGAAGGACACUUUGAUACAGCAGGGCACUAUCAUUGGAAGAAAGAGAAAGAAGUUCGGGAUGGAUGGCUUGAUAAUAUUGAUUGGAUCAAGAUUAAAGGUCGGCCUGAAGACAAAUACAAAGUUCACAAAGAUGGUGACGAUCUUUAUGAUGAUUCAGACAGUGAUGAUGGUGAACCUGAAGAAAAAUUUGAUAUAAUCAAUAAUUAUAAAGAAAUCCUACAGCACAUGAAGCCAAAAGAAACAAUUGCAAAAUCAAUACAGCGUCUUGGUGCAAGUUCAAAAAUAUCAAGUGCUGAGCGCUGGAAACGAAAAAAAGCAGGUAUUGUUGAUGAAGGUAGCCAAACUGUGACAAGAAUAACUGAACUUGCCAAUCAAAUAUUAACCAAAACUGGGAAUAUGGACAUUUAUCAGGAAUCUUUUGAGAAAAUCAGCUCUAUAAUUAACAAAGAUAGUAAGAAAAAGGAUGAUUCAGAAUUAGACAUGUAUGCUGAUGACUUUGAUCAGAAAGAAAAAGAGAGUAUGAACAGCAAAAGUGCACCACUUGAAAAUAAUGAAGACAGUGAUGGACCAGAAGAAGUUAAAUGGGAGUUUAAAUGGAAACAAGAUGAUGAUGCAGAGAUAUCAGGACCCCAUUCCACAGAACAGAUGCAAAAGUGGUCCUCAGAAGGUUAUUUCAAAACUGGUGUAUGGGUUCGGAGACAUGGAAAAGAUAGUCAGUUUUAUAGUUCCAAUAGAAUGGAUUUCGAGCUUUAUAUGUGAUCUUAAUUGUUGUCA